GUUAGCAGCGCAUAUUCUUUUAACCAUUGAGCUACUGUAUCCCUUAAACGAUGAAAAAAGAAAGCAUUUUUUGGCAUUGCUGUAGUUAAAUCGCUUAGUUUUGGGUGCAGUCCAGGACAAUACAAUGUAAUCUGUAAAGCUCUUAAGAUUAUAGAAAGGACAAAGGAAGGAAUGCUUAGGAAUACUUGACACUGUGUACAUCUAAAGAGAACCAUUUAAUUCAACAGUCUCGCAUGGAGGAGAUGAUUGUAUCCUGGUUGUAGGCGAAGAGAGAGAGAUUUAAAUGGAACUAUAGAAAGAGGCAGAAUCGAAGGAACAGAUGGACUUGGGCGGAUUAAGUGAAAUCUGGUUUGUUGCUUAGGUGUCUGGGGGGCUCUGGACAGACCAGGAGAGACAGAUGUAACUUUCUUCCACAGAUCAUGAAGAGAUCAUGAAGGAUUACAAAGAAAGGAUUACAAAGAAAUGGAUGUUGUUGAUUAAGACGCAUAAGAACGAAAUUCUCAGAAAAUCUUCGUAAAUCUCUCCAAGAAAGAGCCCAGGUGAGAGAUGGGUAAAAUCAAAGAGAAAAACAAGGUCAUUCUUGAUUGACUGCACAACUAAAGACCAAUUUCAUCUAUGUGCUGAGCUGAAGAACACAUCUGGGAAACACCUCUGAAUAUUCAGUAUGAAGAUUCAUGAUCAUCAGCCUCAUCUCCAUUGACUUUGAGGACGUAUUGGCCACAUUUGUUGGUCGUAGACAAAGGGAACAUGUUUAACACCACCUGAGCCAUUUCUGCAUUUCACCCAAGACAUUUUUAUAUGGAAACCUAAGGCACUGCAUCAGGUCCUGUCUGUAUCAUUCCACCAUGUUGGAGCAUUUGUCCCGCAGGAAUCGGUCCUUGCUGUCUCUAUCGCUGACCUCUCUGGCCCUAGCGCUCUCUGUUUUGGCCUUUUGUACCUCAUACUGGUGCGAGGGGACACAUAAAGUGGUCAAACCUCUCUGUCUGUCGCCGGUCAAAAUGAAGAACUGCGGACAGAACAACAGCCAGCCUUAUACAACUGAGGUCCCAACAGCAGACCCCAGGAAACCAGACUCCAAUGUGACAAUGUCCCCCAAGCAGAAGGAGGAACUGGCCCGUAUGAGAGCCAAAAAUCUGGCAAAUGCAGUUCACUACAUUUGGGAGACGGGUGAAGACAAAUACAUGCUGCGCUACUUUCACACUGGCUUCUGGUUGUCCUGUGAGAAACACACUGACGGUGCGGGUGAGAAAUGUCGGAGCUUCAUUGAACUGACCCCUGGAGAAACACAAGGAGUUCUGUGGCUCUCAGUGAUAUCAGAAUUUGCAUACAUCAGCCUUCUGGCGAUGGGUUUUCUUCUGAUGUGGGUGGAAUUGCUGCUCUUGUGUCUGAAUAAGGACAUGUAUGCACUCAAGAUCAAUGCUUUUGCUGCCAUCUGUACCGUGCUGUCUGGUAUGAUGGGAAUGGUGGCACAUAUGAUGUAUACAACAGUAUUUCAGAUGACUGUCAGCAUUGGGCCCAAAGACUGGAGACCUCAGACAUGGGACUACGGCUGGUCAUUUGCCAUGGCGUGGAUCUCCUUCAGCUGUUGCAUGGCAGCAGCUGUAUUCACCUUGAACUCCUACACCAAAACUCUGAUUGAGAUGAAGCACCGUGCCCGGAUCCGUCUGGAAGAGGCCCGUGCUGCCAGCCAUGCACCACCCUAUGAUGAGGUCAUCACCACCGGCGGUGGGAGCCUCUACUCCGUCAGCCGUCUGGUUCAGCAAUGCCAGAAGGGUGCGUUUAUCGACACCACAUGGAGCCACAGGGAUGAAGUGACUGAUGGGGGUAUGGUGGGGGCAAAGAGUCCUCAUGGACUGGUACUGGUGGGGGGGUGCGGGAGAGAGGGAUGCGAAGACUGUGAGAGAGAAAUCGAUGAGGUGGAGGAUGCAUUAGAGAGGGAAGGGAAUGAUGAAAUGUGUUGAGG